AGCUUAUAGAUUUGUCCAUUGGCAUUGUAUCUCACUGCAAAUUCUGCUCUUUUUUCUUAUCAUUCUCAAAUUCUUCCAUUUUGAAUUCACACUCAUUUCUUUCAAAUCAUUCAAGAUGAAUGACCUUAUGACCAAAUCUUUCACAAGCUACGUUGAUUUGAAAAAAGCAGCAAUGAAAGAUGUUGAAGCUGGUCCAGAUUUGGAAAUGGGUAUGACCCAAAUGGACCAAAAUCUCACUGCUUUCUUAGAAGAAGCAGAGAAGGUAAAACUCGAAAUGAAUUCAAUCAAAGAUAUCCUUCGCCGUUUACAAGACACAAACGAAGAAAGCAAGUCACUGCACAAACCCGAAGCUCUAAAGUCUAUGCGAAAUCGCAUAAACGCGGAUAUUCUAGCUGUGUUAAAGAAGGCUAGAGCUAUUAGGUCUCAGCUUGAAGAAAUGGACCGGUCGAAUGCCAUAAACCGGCGGCUUUCUGGGUGUAAAGAAGGUACACCGGUUGAUAGGACACGGUCUGCUGUUACGAAUGGGCUUAGGAAAAAGCUUAAGGAGUUAAUGAUGGAUUUUCAGGGGCUAAGGCAGAGGAUGAUGACUGAGUAUAAAGAAACUGUUGGGAGAAGAUAUUUUACUGUGACUGGCGAGCACCCUGAUGAAGAAGUCAUUGAAAAGAUCAUUUCUAGUGGCAAUGGUCAAGGUGGUGAAGAAUUUCUUUCUAGAGCAAUUCAGGAGCAUGGGAGGGGGAAGGUGUUGGAAACGGUGGUAGAGAUACAGGACCGCUACGACGCGGCUAAGGAGAUAGAAAAGAGCUUGCUGGAGCUGCACCAGAUAUUCUUAGACAUGGCAGUUAUGGUAGAGGCACAAGGAGAGAAAAUGGAUGAUAUUGAGCACCAUGUGAUGAAUGCAGCACAGUAUGUUAAUGAUGGAACUAAGAAUCUCAAGACUGCAAAAGACUACCAAAAGAGCAGCAGAAAAUGGAUGUGCGUUGCCAUUAUAAUUCUCCUAAUUCUCAUCCUUGUAGUUAUCAUCCCCAUUGCCACCAGUUUCAGCAAAUCUUGAAGUGAAGGUCUCGUCUCAUCGAGAUAAUCAGCUGUUAUUUCAUUCUUAUAUUCUUUUUUUUAGCAAUUACUUUUUGUCACUCUCGUGAGAAUUAUGUAUUGUCAUAGUACAAGGCUGAAGUAAGUCACUAGUCCUUUUGAUAGGACUUUAAGUGAUAGUGAUGUAAGAACCUUUAAUAGAUUUUGCUUCAGAAACAUAUUCUUCUGUUUUCUGGAUUAUUAUGAUGCUGAAUCAGUUAUCAGUGUA